AUGAGUUCACCAGCAGGCUUGGAGGCUCAAUUGGGACCCUCGAUUUCAAUUAGUGUGGGACUGAUACUGGAUUGUUUGAAACACUUACGAACGGUCAUACAGAAUGAGUCUCUGUACCUCAACUCAGUAAAGCUUAAACGAGAAUCAAUCCGGGCAGCUUGUGAGCUUUUCUGGUGCGAUGAAGACAUCCACAGUGAAAACAAGAAGGAAAGUCAGAGACUCAAAGCCACAAUGAACCUCGUUGAUCAAGUAGGAAAAGUGGUAGAGAAGCAACAAAGUGUUAAAUCUUGGGUCGACGUCGACAAACUGCUGCGCACGAUUCUGCCGCUCAAGAAAAACGUACUACUAGAUACGGCCUCUAGUAGUGCAUGGUCUCUAUUCUUCGACCCUAAAAUUCUUACUCUUUCUUUGAUUGAAAUUCUAAUAAGACUCUGCGAAUCUAUUAGACGGCUACAGAUCAAACUAGCUAUACAUGGUGCGCUUCUUAAUGUCAUUCAUAGGAGUUUUAUUAGACCAUUCAAUUUGCUGCUGUGGUCUUAUGCUAAGAGAGAGGUGGCAAACUAG